UUAAUUUAAAGGAUGAAACUUAACUGUGAUUUUCCAAUUCUUAAAAAUGCUAUCUUUUUGUACUUGAAUCUUUCAACCACAGAAACAGGAUAAUCACCGCAAAUGUUCAACGGCACAAUUUAUAGCUGAACUACAACCCUACAACACAGAAACGGCGUCGUUCGGUAUUCCCUUUCUCUGUCUUGUGCAUGGCAUGUUUUUUUAAGGAAAGAAUGAACUUUGCGGUGGAGCUCCGACUAAAAACUCCCGGGGACGGGAUUCUAGCCCCAAUGAAAGUGAAGGAAGCCGAUUAUGCCGUCCGACGUCGUCGGGCUCUGAAAAGAGUGGACAAAGAGUUGUCGAAAUCCGAUUUCAAGAGAGCUCUCUCCCUUGUCAAACAAUUGCAAGGCAAACCCUUUGGCCUCCGUGGCUUUGGCGCAGCCAAACAGGUACCCAGAAGUCGCCUGGUGUUGAAUCAAUUAGUAUUCAAUGGGAUAGAUUUAUCACCCCUUGGUCCAUUGGUUGAUUCGGUUAUGGAUUCAAUAGAUAAAUCUCUUCAUUUCCUUUUACCGGAUGGUGAACGCAGAGGUUCUAGCUGUGAAGAAGAUCAUUUCCUGUGUCUGCAACAUGAAGCUGGUCAUUUUCUGGUUGGCUACUUGCUUGGGGCUCUCCCAAAAAGAUAUACAGUACCAUCUGUUGAAGAACUGAGAGAUGGCAAUUUCGAGGGAGGGAAAGUAGAGUUUCUGGGAUUUGAGUUUCUCAGAGAAGUUGGUGCUGCCCAGAUGCUUAGGAAAAAUAUUAUAAAUGAAGAAUCAUCCUGUUCGGGCAAUAGAGGCAAAAUUUCAUCCAAGACUUUAAACAACUUUUCUUGCAUAAUAUUAGGAGGCUUGGUGGUGGAGCACCUAGUAUUUGGGGAUUCUGAAGGUCAUUAUUCUGAUGUUGACAAGGAACAGUUGGACAAAGCACUUAAAUGGUUGGGUUUCUCCAACAGCGAAGCAAACUUUCAAGUGAGAUGGGCUGCACUAAACACUGUCUUUGUAUUGUGUCGUCAUCAUAAAGCUAGAUUGAAACUGGUAGAAGCCAUGGCACAGCGGCAAUCAGUUGGCUUCUGUAUCGACGCAAUUGAGAAUGCUAUCGAUGGAAGACAAAUAUAAAUAGUGUAUCUACAUUCCUUUAAUGUUGCAUUCUCUUUUGUUGAGUUCUCCGAACAACAUUCUUUUCCAAUUCUAGCUUACCACGAUGGCAAUUCUUGACAAUAUUGAUGAUAAUUCAACAAACAGGAAACAUGAAGCACCUGUGCGUCUGAGGACCACAGAAAUUUAUUUUGCA